AUUCAAAUAUUUGCUCCCUUCGACUAAGGGGUUGUGUAAUAUUACGGGAUCUCUACACAGAUCUCUCUUCUCGCGUUCCGAAAUCUCAUUGAUUCUCAUCUUCAUAAGCGAAUCGUCUCUUAUCCUUUGAUUUCGGUCAGUAAAAGUCGAUCAUGUGGAGGAGGACAGAGGUGAGAGCGCAUAUUUAAUGGUGGAAUGGAAAGGAAAACAAUUGAUGACUUUGAACCAGGUCCACUUCCUUCGCCCAGGCAAGUAGACAGGUUUGGAUUCUUAAAGCAGGAACACAAUAGUUCUCCAGAUGCUAUAACCAAAAUCAGGUCCACCCAUGUACAGGAGAGGGAGGAAAGGAGAGUUAGAAAAUGGAGGAAGAUGAUUGGAAUUGGAGGGAGCGACUGGAAGCAUUAUGUUAGGAGAAAACCUCAUGUUGUUAAAAGGCGUAUAAGGAAAGGUAUUCCCGAUUGUUUAAGGGGUCUAGUUUGGCAGCUGAUUUCUGGAAGUCGAGACUUACUGUUGAUGAACCCUGGAGUUUAUGAGCAAUUGGUAAUAUAUGAGACAUCAGCUUCUGAACUGGAUAUUAUUCGAGAUAUCUCUCGUACCUUUCCUUCACAUGUUUUCUUCCAACAGAGACAUGGACCUGGUCAGAGAUCUCUCUACAAUGUUUUAAAGGCAUAUUCAGUUUUUGAUCGGAAUGUCGGAUACGUUCAGGGGAUGGGAUUUUUAGCUGGUUUGUUGCUUCUCUAUAUGAGUGAAGAGGAUGCAUUCUGGCUGUUGGUCGCAUUACUUAAAGGUGCAGUUCAUGCUCCUAUGGAAGGAUUGUAUCUGGCGGGGCUUCCUCUAGUGCAGCAGUACCUAUUUCAAUUUGAUAACCUUGUGAGAGAGCAGCUGCCCAAGCUUGGAGAGCAUUUUACACAGGAAAUGAUAAAUCCUAGCAUGUACGCGAGCCAAUGGUUUAUUACCGUUUUCUCUUACUCUUUCCCCUUCCAUUUGGCUCUACGAAUUUGGGAUGUCUUUCUUUAUGAGGGUGUUACGAUUGUUUUUAAAGUUGGUUUGGCUCUUCUAAAAUAUUGCCAUGAUGACUUGGUAAAGUUGCCCUUUGAAAAACUCAUACAUGCUUUGCGAAACUUCCCAGAAGAUGCAAUGGAUCCAGAUACAUUAUUGCCCAUGGCUUACUCAAUUAAAGUGUCCAAGCAGCUGGAGGAAUCGAAACAUCUGUAUGAAACGAAGCAUGGGAAGGAGAUUCAGGAUGAUGCUAAAACUAGUGGGAAACAGGAGCAGGAGGUGCAUUGAAGGUUACUACUUUUCCCUCUCUCAUUGGAGCCAAUGAAAAAACCAUACACAAAUUAAUUUUUAUGAUUUCUCUCUGUCGCUUCUGAAUUAUUUAGGAUGUUAAUUGAAUGAUGCAUAGUCAUAAUUUAUCAUUUAUCAUUUUAUUAUUUUCUCGAG